CGAUGACAGACAUAUGUCUCUACAUAAACCGCUGACCCUCGGUGACCUUCAGAAAUCAAUAGCUAACGUGGCAUCGGAACUUGCAGCAAGUGAAUCAAUAUGGACCCAGAAAUCAGACGGAGGGAAAGUGGCCCUGGCUCUGCACACCGAUCUUCCACAAGAGCUAAAACACACACCCUCACCCCCAGCCUCUCAACAAGUGACCCCUCGGUCAUCAAUCAGCUCACUACCUCCAAAGAAAGAGAGGAAGACCCCCAGGAUACAGGAAGAGCCAGUGCUGAAGUUGACAGGUCGUGAGGCUGUGGAAUAUUUUGCCAAAUGCCACCACAUUGGUAAAAUCCAGUCCAUCUACUUCAACAUCGCUGAGACAAGACAUUUCCGACCUUAUGACCUCAUAUCUGUGCACAAAAAUAAAGCUAAUCCGGAGCAUUAUGUGUUUUCUACAUUCGGAGUACUCCAUGUGUUUCCGGAUCGUCCAGCAGAGAGCCAGAGUUUAUCCGAGUGGCAGAGAGAGGCCGUUCUUUGGAAGGCUGUGUCCUCAAUCCCAUUCUUCAAAAAUUUCCUUGUCAGGAAACUGUUUUACAGAUGGCGAUACAACAAGCUUCAUCUGGAUUUCUCCAGAAGACAUGAGGAACUCGGAUGCAACUUACUCCAGGCUGUUCCUAUCUUUGGUGCAGCUCUUCUGCAAGUUUCCAGACUCCUAAAAGAACUGAUCACCGUCAAGUUCCUGCCAUUUGAAACAGAUAAAACAUACCAGUUAUUGGAUUUUGAAAACAGUGCAAACUAUAAAAACAUUCAAGCAGAAAAAAUUCUGGAUCGUUUCUUUGGGUUCUGUAAGAUGGUGGUGGAGGUGACUGCUGAGGAAUCCUUCAAGAAACUCCGCCAUUGUGAAGAGCAGGUCAAGAAGAAGACAGUGUUUUCUAAAGACUCUUUGCACCUCCAAAAGCUGAAGAAGGAAACCAGGGAAUAUAAUUUGAGGAAAGCCAAGAGCGAAACAGGUCGCCUUGGUAACUUUGUGAAGCUAGUCGAUCAGCUGAUUGUGGAACACAUGUUUCAUGUGUCUAAGACACAGGUCAUCACCUUUGUUGAGAGUGUGCUUAGCAACCAGAAAGACUCCAGAGAGGGCCUGUUCCGAGCAAAUCUUGUCUUUACCAAACAAGAAGUCCUGGGUAUUUUCCCAAGCAAAGAGAGGUUUACCAAUGUUUUGAUGAGCACACUGAAAGGAAUUCCCACAGUGCUUUGCUCCAAGGCUAUUCCAAUGGACGGGUCUGGGUCUGACCAUGAUAGUGAGGAUACAGAGACCUCACCCCCCAAAUCUGAGGCCGCAAAAUCCACUGCUGAACUCAGCAAUCUCACUGGGCGCAGGAAGAGUACAGCGGCCACCAACCCGAGCUCAUCCAAACAGGAUCAGCUGACCCCCCUGGGGGAGGUGGACAAGCCCUUCAGUUCAGUGGAGGUCACUGAGACAGAGCAGGGAGAGGAGGAGUCACAGGCUGGGGGUGUGAGCCGAUCGCUGGCCGGGGAGGAGAUGAUCCCAGUACCUGAUAUAUUCAGACAAGCCACAGCUACAAAGGAUGAGGAUGAGCUGGGAAUUGCGACCCCUGACCUCGUGAUCCAGGGUGACGACCCCCUGGUGGUUUAUGGGGAGGGAUUCAUGGGACAGUACAGUCCCCUCUCUCGGGCCAACCUGGAGGAGAAACUUAAAAUGGACUCUGUGUACAAAAAUGCCCUGAAUGAGGUAGAAAAGAUCUUGAAUACUGCCCUGGAUGAGAUUGACACUUACUGUGAUAUGAACAAUUGGCUGGUAGAUAUAUUUAAAUUCUGUUUGAAAUGGACCAGUGACUCCCCAAAGGAAUACAGAGGAGCACCAGCUUUUACCAUUGAGCAAAGAUUGAUUGAAGUUAGACAGUGGCAAGAGAAAGUGCGAAACUUUGACAAGAACUUCAUCACAGAUAACGGUAUUUUCUUUGUGGAUUGUUCCAACAUCCACGACUAUCUCAUUCCACGCCUGUCUCAAAUCAUUCACGAAGUUCUCAAGUUUGUCUCCGAUGAGGCUCGCAAGCUUGCCACCGAGUUCUGUGAUGAAAUGAAGGAAGUCCUUGAGAAUCUGAGAAAGAAGGACUCCAGUAUGGCCGGCUUCGCUAUUUUUGCCAAGAACUACACAACAUAUAAGAAGAAUGGUCCCCAGUAUCAACAGAGGGUGUCCUACAUCAAGUCUCUGUAUGAGACGUCCGAGGAGGAGAAAUUUGACGAGGACGUGCAGGCGGCCUGGGAAGCAUAUCUCCUGCAGUUACAGGACGCAUCGGAGUUUGUUAACACCCAGACCCCGCUAAUGACUCAGAAACUGGAGGACAAAUAUCAGCGUAUGGCGAAAGCCAAAACCUUCAAGCAGAAAUUAGAUGCACUUAAAAACCCCAGCCUCUAUAUGAAACUUGAGAAGGAGGCGCUGGAAUUGGCUGAGAUGGCCACCACCAAACAGUUUCUGGACCCCACCCAGAACCCCACCAAGAUACUCAUCGAGAUGCGCAGGAUCAGAGACCGAUUUUACGAGGUGGAGCAUGGACUUCAAGAUGCCAGCAAGUGGAGAGAUGCGAUAUGUGGAGAGCCCUAUGAUCUCGAGUUUCUGAGCGAGAUAAGCACAAAAAUGGACGUCAGACAAGAACUGUGGAAAUACGUAGAGGUCUCCAUGCAUGCCAUCAAGGAUUGUAAAGGGAUGCUGUUUAAAAAGAUGAAUAUUCGUAAGGUUCUAGAGAAAGUGAUUGAGUGGCAAGCAGCGGCCGGUCAGCUUAAGCCAUACCUACCCCCCGGAGACCAGGUCCUCAGCUACUGGUUCACAUGUCUUGGUGAAUUCAAGAAAGACCUGCCCAUUCUCCACAAACUAGCCAAUGAUGCUCUCAAGGAACGUCACUGGAAAGCCAUCUUCGUUGGAAUGAAUGAACCCUUUGACCCCAACCGAGAGUUCACAGUGUCUGACCUUUUGGCCUAUGACCUUGAACAGCACAGCGAGCUGAUCCAUCAAGUCUAUCUCGGCGCCAUUGCCGAGUACGAUCUCGAACUCCGCAUCAAUCAGAUCAGCAAGUUCUGGGAGGAGCAGGAGUUUAAGCUGGCCAAGCAUAUACCAGACAGUGUCAUCACCAGUAAAGAACAAGUCGAGAAGCAUGUGCUUCAGGAAGCUGAGAAUGAUCCCCCAAGGAAGCCGACAAGUCCGCGUCGCCGCACGAAGCUAGAGAAGUACCGCCAGGAGCGGGCAGCUGCACAGACCGGGUCACUUCAGGGAUUGGACGUCACCCAAGACGACUUCUUUAUACUGAUAGAAGUCGACGAGCUUAAGUACCAACUAGAGGAUGCUCGAAUUGGAAUCAGAUCAAUGUUGCAGUCUCCAUAUCUUGGUGAUAUGAGACAGGAAGUGGAAUUCUGGGAUAGUGCUCUUCAGCAAGUGGAGGAAAUAACAGAGCUGUGGUUUCAGUGUCAGAAAAAGUGGCUGUACUUGCUGAAAAUCUUUGAAAGACCAGAACUGUAUAAAAAAUUUAAUGGACCCGCUUUUAAAUUUGAAAAUGUGCACACAAAAUUUAAGGACUGGAUGAGAGUGGUGUCCAAUAACUCCAAAGUCAUGACUGUAGUGGGCAGAAAGAGGGGAGAGAAAGGAUUCCGUCUGCUGCAGGGGGACUACCUCAUCAAUAUGUUUCUUGAACUGAAUCAAAAACAGGAGGAGAUUCUUAAAUACCUACGAGUCCUUUUGGAGAAUUCACGCAUGGAAUUCCCUCGCCUUUAUUUCCUCAGUGAUGAAGAUCUUGUUGAACUUUUGGGAAUUUCCCGCAAUCCCAAGGCUCUUCUUCCAUUCGCUAAGAUGUGUUUCCCUGGAAUUGAAACCUUGAACUUUGCCCUCCCCGAUGGGAUUUCCAGCAUGAACACUGCCCUAGAUUUUGCCUUGAAUGCUGACAAGCUUCAGGUGACCGCCCUGAAAGGCGUCCUGGGGGAGGAGAUAGACCUGGUGGUCAGGGUCCAGGCGUUCCCUAAAGCCUCCAAAUGGCUGAGGACUCUGGAGAACGUGAUGAAGAACACACUGGCUAUGAUACUACAGGCCUGUGUACAGACCCGCGUGGAGGAAGGAUCUCGUCAACCAAUCCACAUCCUGGAGGAACUCUCCAAGCUGGAUCAGGACCAGAGCUCCCAGCCGGAACUUACCAAGAAGAUCCAGCACUCGUUCCGACACUGGCUGCUCCGGUUCCCGGUGCAGUGUGUGAUUGUCACAGAGGCAAUACUGUGGGAGCGCAGUGUUAACAAAGCACUGGAGCGUGGAACUCUGGACGACAUCAAAGCUAUCAGAUGUAAUUUGGAGUCUAGACUUGGUCAGUAUACAGAUGUACUGAGAAAAAGUUACAGCUUCAAUGGGAAAAUCCCACCCAGCACAAAGAAACGGCUCCACACAUUGCUGUGUGGCCUGAUCAACCAGUGCUGUCACCAAAGAGAUGUACUUGGAGCCAUGCUGGAGAACUCUGCGGUGUCUGAUGGGGGGUUUGAAUGGCUCAGGGUGCUGCGUUAUCACAUGGACAUACAGAAUGUACUGAGAGCCAAGACAGAAGCAGUCGAGGUCAAAGGUCAGUCUCAGUCUGUCCAAUCCGUCAGGUCAAGGACACAGCAGAAGAGACUGUCCUUAAUUGGAAACAAGCUUCGCAUAGAACCCACAAUAGAGGAGCCACCAAGACUAACAAGAACUAAAACGACUGUGUCGACGGACUACCAGUUUAGUGCCUGUUACUUGACGCAGCUGGGGACUAGUUUUAGCUACGACUAUGAGUAUAACGGCCCGCAUUGUCGACUUGUCCUGACCCCCCUCACAGAGAGGGCCUUCUUGUCCCUGACCCAGGCCAUCAAAAACUUCCACUGCGGGACAUUAGUGGGACCCGCAGGGGUCGGCAAAUCGGAAACCAUCAAGGAACUGGCAAAGAUGUUUGGGAGGAACCUGUUCACAGUUAACUGUAACGAGGAUGUGACGGUCGGGGUGAUGAUGCAGUACAUGAUGGGGAUGGUCCAAUCAGGGAGCUGGACACUGUUUGACAACACCAACAGACUGACCAAAGGUCUAAUGUCAGUUACCGCCCAGCAUCUUGAUUAUCUGAAAACAGCUCUAAAGACACUGGAAGUUUCCAGUGAGAACCAGUACAAAAUCAGGGGUCAGCCUCGUUUUGAUAAGAAGAUGGGUCUGGGUGACAAGGUCAUUCGGCGGAACUCUCUGACCACCCUCCACCCGAUGCCCACCCAGGACCCACAGCCCGGGCUUGAGAGACAGAAGACUGUCCCGCACGGCUUCAAUGAGAAGGGCCUGGUGACCUAUUUUGAGGACACCUGGGUGUCGGAAAAGGACAGACGUCGACGUCACUCCAUUGAGAAAGAAAUUGAGAUCAAGGAAUCCGAGUUCUACAAAAACAACAAACCACCGCCAUUGUUCUAUGAACAUGUAAAACUGAAAGGCGGGAGGAAAUCUGCCACGCCUGAUUACAGCAAGCUGCUGAACGACACGAUCUAUGUGCACAGAAUUCUGGGAAAUAUCAUGUUUAACGGCAAGCUGAUCCAGGCCAGCACAAACUUUGGCUGUUUCAUGACACUCGGUACAGGCAGUGGAUCUAGUUCCCACAUACCAGAAUCAUUCAAGUUACUGAUGAGACCCUGUGCCAUGAUUGUCCCUGAUUAUAAAUUCAUCCUGGAGAUGUUUUUAUGUUACCAUGGAUACAAAGACGCUGGCCUCUGGGCAAGAAAAUUGACUUUCCUGUUUGAGCAGCUUAGACUACAGCUCCCUAGAAGAGACACAUACCAGUUGGGUCUGAAGGACAUUAAGUUGAUGAUAGACAUAGCGGCUGCUAAGCUCAGAGAUCAGAGGUUUGCCCUUGACAUCAUUGCAGAAAAUAACAAAGGAGAAGGGCGAGUCCAGUCACCCAGAUCUCCCAAGGAAGUCCCCUCCCUGGACCCCCGAGUGUGGGAGGAGCAUACCCUGGUAUUCGCCCUGAGGGGCGUGGUCAGACAGGGGAUGGAGAACGUGGAGGACAUCAGCGUGUUUGACAACACCCUCAGGGACGUAUUCCCCAGCACUGCCAGAAAGACCAUCGAGCAUGGCUACGACACACAGUUGAAGGAAGCCGUUCAGGAUCAGCUGAGGGAAGACAACAUGAAGGACACGCCUGAGAUUGUUGAAAAGGUGAUGCAACUGAAUGCAGCUCUGCAGUUGAAGAAAGCGGUGAUUCUGAUUGGUCCAGCAGGGUGUGGGAAGACCACCUGUAGUCGGACGCUGGCCAGAGCGACCAAUCGGCUCAACUUCCUGCUGUUUGCUCCUGACCACUCCAAGGACGAGCUCACAACCAACCGAGAUCUCAUUUAUUACGCCAAAAACAAGCUGAAGGAUAUGGAAAAUGAACCAGAAUUGGCAGAUGAUGUAUUUUUGGCGGCCAUUGACCCCUCAGCUAAAACAGAGAUGUCUCAGGCGGGAAAAAAGAUGAAGCGCAUCACAACAAUUCUGGGGAAAGUCUCAGAAGCCCUUAACGAGAUGCAGCACACGCCAAAGCCACAGGAGUACGCAGAACACCCUAAAAUCAAUGUGGUGACCCUCAAUCCCACCGCACUGACACCACAAGAGUUUCUGGGUUCCUAUGACAAUGGAUUAUGGAAAGGAGGCUUGUUUCCCAAGAUCCUCCAGGACUCAGGUUUCCUGUCUGAGGCUGUCUGUAAUUACAUUGCCGGUCAGAAAGACCGCAAGGCUCGCGGGGGACAGGAGCUUCCCUCAGUACUACUGCGAUGGAUUGUGUUGGACGGGGUCAUGCAUCCUGUGUGGACAGAGAGUCUGAACACACUGUUUGAUGAGGAACUGAAGCUGUCACUGGCCAACAGUCAACACAUCAGUCUUAGUGAUACCACUGCUAUGAUGUUUGAGACCAGUUACAUAGGAAACCUCUCCCCAGCCACAAUCUCCCGCUGCAGUAUCCUGAACUUUGCCCCUGACACUGUGCCCUGGAUGAACCUGUAUGAGUGCUGGGCCAAGGACGCUAAAACUCGCUGGAUCAUCAACUCAGCAGUAAUGAAGAUCUUUGAUGAGCUGGUGGCUGAUGUGUUUCCCCCAACCCUCAAGUUCCUGAAGUCUGACUGCUGCCCGGCCCUCCUGACAGAUGUAGGUCAUAACACAGCGUCAGCCAAUGAGGUGGCCCCAGGGAUACAGGAAGUAGGGACCUUCCUAAAGAUUCUGACCGUGCUGCUGGACCGACUGUAUCUGAGGGAGGAGUUUGAGAGGAGACAGAAGACAAUGGACCUAGAAGAUACAGGGAUGGAGUCCCCACGUAAGACCCCCAGCAGUGGCCCCUCCCGACAGAGUGUCAGUAGAAUGACCAGUAGCUCCCACCUAGAGCUGGUCUUCCCCAACUACACCGAGAACAUGAAGGGCAUGUUUGCCUAUGCCUUUGUGUGGAGCUUUGGAGCCCACUUACAUGAGAGAUACAAAGAUAAGUUCAGCAAGUUUGCCAAUGAUGUCCUCUACCGAGCCAGACAUCCAAUCAAGAUACCUCUCGGAGCCUCCGUGUUUGACUAUGUCCUUGAUGAGAGCUCCGGGACCUUCAUCCGCUGGUCCGACAAAUCACAGGAGCGGAUGAAGAUCUUGGCAGGUGGAUUCACUAUUACUCCAGAGGUGGAGAAGUACACACACAUGAUAGAGUUGAUGCUGGCAGCCCACCAACCUGUGUUAAUUACAGGCAUGCCUGGGGUCGGGAAAACCUCCCUUCUACAGACCAUGGUCCUCCCCAAGCAGACCCAUACAAAGGUGGUGAUGUCCCCAGCGAUGACCAGUCAACUGUUCCUGAACUCCAUGCUGGGUCAGAUCAUGGAGCUGAAGCACCGGGCCACCAACACCCUCACCGGCCCUGGGCAGGUGCCCCCUGCCACAAAGAGCAAGCAGACUCACCUCUUCUUCAUUGAUGACCUUAACAUGGCAUCCAGCAACCCUGAAGGAGGAUACCAGCCUCCUCUAGAGUUGCUGCGACAGAUUCUGACCCAGCGAGGGACCUACGACCAGGAGCGGCUCGAGUUCCAGUCCAUGGAGGAAGCCAUGUUUUUGGCCUCCACCACCCUCCCCAGUGUACCAGGCACUGGACUGGGAACAGCCUGUCAUGUGAUGUCCUCACGUGUGACCCGCCUCUUUAUCAACUUCACCGUGUUCACCCCCACGACUGAGGUCCUGAUGGGCAUGUACGGCCGCAACAUCCAACACUGGCUGGAGGAGUUCCCCACUUACUCAGUGGACCACCAUUUUGAACUCUCAAGGGCAAUGACCCUCGGCCUGUUAGAAAUGUACCACAAGAUCAAGGAGAAGCUAAGGCCCACCCCCACUCAGGCCCACUAUGUGUUUAACCUUCACGAUGUGGCCAGGGUCGUCCACGGGAUCCUUCUGAUGUCCCCAAGGUCAAGGACACGGAAAAUGAUGAGGAGAAAGAAGGGUGACAAUGAAUCCAGAGCCAGUAGAAGCAGCCUACAGAUGUCCCGCCAGGCAUCCUUUGACUCCAAGUCUCGGACGGUCAGUGUGUCCAGCAUGGGACCCUCAGCAGAGAUUGGGCAGUCCGCCCCCAUGAUGAAGGUCAUAGGUCAACUAUGGUGUCACGAGGUCACAAGGACAUUUGCAGAUCGGCUGAUUUCUGAUGAUGAUCUCUCAUGGUUUGGUAGAUUACUUGAGGAAGUUGUGAUGAAAUAUUUCUGUUUGCCGAGAGACGAUCCAAAAACAGAAAUGGCUGCCAUCUCUGAGGAAACCCAUUCUCAAACUGGACGCAUGACCCCUACAUUGACCUCCCCUCAUCCAUUCACCCCGGAAAUGGAGUCAGAUGAAGAACUGGCCAAAGAGGAGGAUCCUAAGGAAGCGGAAAUGGACAUUACAGAUUCCACACAAUCUGAGCAGAAAUCCGACAGUGAGGAGUUAGGACGGAAAUCCAGGGUCAGUGUGGAAACGCCCCAGGGGGCCAAGUCCUCCAGCACGGAAACCUCGCAGGGCCAGAAAUCACAGUAUGGGGAAACCCCCCUGCCUGUUAGUGAUUCUGCUGACUUGGAUAAAGGGACAGUUGCAUCCGAGUUAACUCGUCAGACUGAGACUGAGAUAAUCUCGAGUGAGUAUGAGAGUGAGGUCACAGAGGAAUCCUCGUCAGAGAGUGAGGAGGAAACCACGACCACUGAAACAGAAUACGAAACUCCCAGAGAGUUACCCAGUGUUCAGUCUAAGACAGAUGCUCAAGCCCAACCCAGUGACUCUUCUACACUAACAGCUUCAGUCAAAGUCUCCAGUGGCAAAAGUAAAGAGAGUUGUCCCCCUUGCACAGACUCGAGUUCUAAGAGUGGCACGGACACCGCCUGUGAAAUGGAAGUCUCUACACUAACAAGAGCUCGCCUGGCCCAGCAUCAGGAAUACCUACGGUCAGAUAGCGAAGCUAGUCUCCUGGGUAAGUCUUCCUCCACCCCCAACCUGAAGAACCGAACCAGCCACGGCAGUCUCAAGAUGAAGACAGUCACAUUCAAGGCGGGGCUGCUUGCCGACUGGGAGCACGAGGCGUACUUCGGCCCACUGAUGAACAUAGAGGAGAUCAAAGGUUCCCAUGAUUCUCUGAUGGACAUCAUAUUCUCCAAGUUCUUCAUGACAACAUACACAGAGACCCAGGGUCUCCCAGUGGAAAAAGGUUAUGUGGAGGGGACAGAGGACAAUCUGAGUGAGGCCUUGUCCACCUGUCUGUCUGUGUACAACGAGGGGACAUCCCAAAAGAUCGACCUGGUCUUCUUCUCCGACGCUGUCAGACAUGCUGCCCGCCUCAGCAGAGUUCUGGCAAUUCAAGGUGGCCAUGCCAUUCUGUUGGGGAUGAGUUACUCCACCGGGCGAGCUACACUGGCCCGUCUGGCUGCUUAUAUUGCUCACUGCAAGAAAACUCCAGGACAUUGUUCUGGCAAAAAGUACAAAGGGUUAUUUGAGCCAAAACCACAGACAGACCCAAGUAAAAACUUUUUGAUUGUGAGAGAGCACAUCAAGCGAGCGUGCUACCACACUGGAAUUCUGGGUAAACCUACGGUCCUGCUGAUUCACGAGGACCUGGGAGAAGACUGUCUACAGGACGUAGCCUGUCUGAUGAAUGAAGGGACAAGUCCAGGAUUGUACACGGAUGAGGAGAUACAGAACAUUGUGUCAGCUGUGAUGCCAGGUGGUGUCACAACAAAACGCGUGGACAAAAUAGAAAUAGCUCUGGAGCGGUUCCUAAAGAAGAUCAGGCAAAACUUACAUGUGGUGGUGUGCAUGAACUACAGGGGAAAUAGUUACAGCAAUGACUCUCAGGUGUUCCACACGCGGCUGAUGAAGUACCCUGGUCUCCUGAAGAACGCCUGUACUAUAGACACGUACAGACCCUGGAACUACCAGGCCUAUGUCAGGAUAGCCAAUGUGUGGCUCCGAGACCAGAAAUGGGGGAUCACGAUUCCGUGGCACCCGACCCGUAUGUUGGACCAGAUCCUGCUGACCAGUCGUGCGAUGGCUUACAUCCACAUGUCGGCGCGGGCCGUGAUCGAGCGUCAGUACUGUAACCAGAGAGAGCCGCUACGAUUCUUCUCCCCCCUCACCUUUAUGGAAUUCGUCCACAUCUUCAGGGUUCUCAGUGCUUACAUUGUCAAGAGAGAAUAUGAGAACAUCAGUAAGCAUGAACAGACCUUGGGCAAGGUGAACGAGGCGUUUGGAAGUAUAUCAGAGUUCAAGAGAGAGGUGUCAGACCUGAUGCCCAAACACAAGGCGGCCAUGGCUGAGAUCAAAGAGCUUGUACAACAGGUGGAGGAGCAGAAACAGCAGUAUAUAGAGGCUUUGGACAGGUGCAAGUCCCAGGAACAGAAGAUAGAACAUCUCCAGGGACCGCUGGAGGAACUCCGACGGGAAGCUCAGACCGAGUUUGAUAAGCCUAUAACACAAAAGAAAUCCAUUGUUAAGCGGCGUCGGGGGGAGAUUGAGUAUUACACUCUCACCCAGUACAAGGUGAACCCGAACUACCAUGCUGCAAUGACAGCCCUGAAGUACCUGUGUAAGGGGGAUAUUGAUGAAGUCAAGUCAUACAGAGUUCCCCACAAAAUGAUAGAGUUUGUGAUGAGCUCUCUCUGCCUGCUUUUUGAUGUUCCCCAAGACUGGGAGAAUGCCAAGCUACUGAUGAUAAAGGACAACUUUGUGGAGUCGAUGAUGUUCUACGACAAGGACAAUAUCCCCGACGACAUUUACCUCAAACUGCGCGAGUUCAUCGAACACGAGGAUUUCCAGGUGGAGCGAGUGAUGGAGGUCAGUAGAGCUACUGCAGGGAUCUGUAUGUGGGUUCAUGCGGUGUACCAGUACGCACACAUCCAUCGCAACAUGCAACCACGACUCAGGAACCUGUUAGAACAUGAGGAUAAGUUUACGCUGGCACAGGCUAAAUUGGGUCAGUUGAGGGUGGAGGCCAAUCGCAUCAAGUCGGCGUUGGAGAGCAAGAUUACCAUUCACCGGGCUGCUGUGAAAAGAGCUAAAACUAUAGAAAAACAUAUGCAGAGUAUUGAGAAGAAAAUAGCACGGUCCGUGAAUCUGAUGGAGCACAUGUCAAUGCAGCACUACCUAUGGAAAUCAGAGCUCCGUAAGGCCAAACACAACGUACUGACCGCUCCAGGCGACGCCCUCAUCACUGCAGCCUGCGUACUUUAUCACGGACCUUUAUCUGACAGGAACAGGUCAGAACUCUUACACGAUUGGCUGGACAGGUGUCGUCAAGGAAACUUCAACUAUGCCCCAAUAAGAGGCCUAGAUGCUAAUCCUCUGAGCACUAACUUGGAGGGUUUGUAUGAUGGGUUACGAGAGAAGGAAUCAACAAGUGCCGGCUCGAGUGGAAGAUCUACGGAGAGUGCUACAUCAGGGGUUCCCAGCAUGCCCGAGAUACGAACAUUUACAUAUCUUCCAUGUAUUUAUGACACCAGCAAGUAUUACAAGUCUGAGCUUAAGAAGCAGGGCAGUAUGGAGUAUGAGGCUGUUCCAGAAGCAGAUGAUUCGGAUGAUGAAGAUGAGGCCAGUCCUCUCAUUACACGUAAUGGUUACAUCUUACAGGAAAUUCUUAGUGACUUUGAUGAAUUAUCUGGAUGGAGACUUAACAAUCUUCCAACUGACCUUCAUUCUGUACAGAAUGCUCUGUUGAUGAGAGUAAGCUGCCACAAUCGUAAAUACUGCUGGCCGCUUCUUAUCGACCCUGACAAUCAAGCAGAGAUCUGGGUCACGACGUUACAGACCAGUAGAAACGUCUUCUCGGAGCGUGAUGUCAGGGACUGUCUACCAGAGUACGAAGAUAUACCACUAGAGGCGACGCAGUCCAAGUAUUCUAACUUGGAACCCCCACCCAGUCGAGGUACAGCUCUGACCUACUCCUCAGAGUUCACACUGAAUGACGACUCCAGGACGGAGACCAAUGGAUUCCUGACUGCGACCUCCACCUACACCACCACCAAAAGUGCAACUGGUCGACAAUCUCACAACACCUUUAACAGCGAUGAACUUAGACCUUUGACCUCGGUCACUGCCAGCUGGGAGACACUCAGUCACCUCCAUGUAGACCAGGCCAUAGAACAUCCGGAAAACAACCUGUGGAUAAUCGAGGCGGAUGAUCCAAACCUCGAUAGCCAGAUUGUCAAUGCCAUUGUACAUGGAGUAACAGUGCUGGUGACCCACCUAGAGAGGAAGCCCCUGGACCCAGUGUACCGGGGCCUCCUCCUGAAACAGUUCUACGUGGACAAGGAUGGACAGAGAGUGGUCAAGAUUGGCCACAGGGAGUUCAAAUACCACCCCCAGUUUGCCCUCUAUCUCAGUACAUCAGUACCACUGUUCCUGAAAGGAGAUGGCAUUCACAGCAUCCCCCUACACAGGAUGUGUAUUAUCAACAUGGGCCUGAGUGACGAGUCUAUCAUUAACCACCUGCUGAUAGAAACCAUGAAGGUCGAGCGGAAGGAGUUCGAAGGUCAAAAGCGCUCCAACGAGAACGACAUCAUACUUCACAGGCAGAGACUGGCCAAGGAACAUGACAUGAUCCGUGAGAAAACACUUAACCUGGAAGGCCCUCUAUUAGAGGACCAGACCAUGCUGAAGUCUCUACUGGAGUGCCAGGCGGAGGUCGAGAAGAACCGCCAGAUUCUGGAGGAGACCCGCUUCAUGGGCGACCACUUGGAGGAGAAGUUUGCCCACUACAUGCCCAUGAUCAUGCAGUCCGCGGUCCUGUACAACAUGAUCAGGCAGAUGUGCUCGCUCAAUCCCAACUAUUACCUCCCCUUCCACAAGUUUAUCCAGAUGUACACGGGGAUCGUGAAGGCCAGGGACAGGGGGAAAGGAAGCAGUGUGGGUGCCCCACAAGCCCGAGCCCAGGAGUUGAUGGAUGCGACCUCCACUGCUAUAUUUAGAUACAUUUCCAUGAUGAUGUUUGAACAGCACUUUACACUGUUACAACUCCUUGUGUCUGUUGAGAGGAUGAGAAUGAAUCGUAAAGCCUCCACAAAGGAACUCAGUCUCUUCAUCAAUGGCUUCGACAAGCAGGGUCUGGAUGAAGUGGCUCUUUUAGAAUCAAAGCCCAACGGAAUGACCAAUCAGGCCUGGAUUGACUGCCUAGUGGUAGAACAGCUGCAUCAUCCAUUCAACGGACUCCGGCGGUCACUGAUCCAGAACUGGAAACAGUGGGAGGAAUACUUCAGUCACCCAAUCAUCCUGAUGAACCCCGUCCCCGGAAACUCCCUCCAGGAACUCUCCAUAUUCCAGAAGUGUAUCCUGUGGAAAAUCUGCAGGCCAGACAGAUUGUAUGAGCUGGCUAGUAUGAUGACACUCUAUGAACUGGGAAAUGUACGGAUGGUAGCGGAUCACUAUAACAUACGAGAGGUCUAUAACUUCACCGACAAAACAACGCCAGUUGUAUUCAUCUCUCCCUUCCCUACAAAUGACAUGGAAACAGCUGGUGGCACUAAUGGAUAUUCAUACAUCAGUCCAUCACAUGAAGUGAAGAGACUAGCCAAAGAGGUUGGAAUGGAAGGAAGGGUAAAGGUCAUGAACUUUGGGGUCAAAGGUCAGAUGGGAGAGGUGACCCAGGCCAUAGAGGACUGCAUACAGAAUGGUUACUGGCUUCUGCUACAGAACUACCAUCUGUCAGAGGAACCAAACCCUCAGUUCUUCAAACUGCUGAAGGACAUUGUGUAUAGUAAGUGGAUAGAGCACGAGAGACUGAGGCAGCACACUGACAUUGCUGAUGAGGGAGCCAGUCUGGUCACCCACUCCAAGCCGCCCAAAGACCCCACCCUCAACCUCCGUAUCCACAACACAUUCCGACUCUGGAUCACAACUCAGGCGGACCCCACAAGACUUAUUCCUGGUGUACUGGUCCAGCAUGGAAUCAAGGUCACUUGUGAGAAGACAGGGAACUUCAAGUCCACUCUACAGAAAUCCUACCGCUCUGUCGCCUUCCUUCUCAACAACUGUAAACUUCCCAAUGAUGAGAAUGUGAGUAAAGCUUCUCGCAUCAUGCCGUUGGCCCUACUCCACUCACUACUCCAGCAGCAGAGCUUCUAUGGCAGGAACGCCUUUGUCCACGACUAUGACUGGACACUGACAGACCUAGCACUUGCUGUAGAAGCCUUUAAGAAGGUGAUGACCAAAUGUCCCUGCGGUUCUGGGGUGUCUAACCUGGUGUCCCAGAUCUACUCCAACCACUGCACCGAUCUUGUGGACGCUCGUGUGGUUGAAGCUCUUGCCAAGCUGUUGUCUGAAUAUGCUGCAGAUCCAACCAAACAUAAAAUACCAGCAUCAGAUUGCCCCAUCAAUACCUUGCUAUCAGACCUCCUGAAAUUUGCUGACGAGAAUUUCAAUCUGAAGAAAGCAGUAGAAGCGAUGGGGGAUGUAACAGCCAAGACCUAUGGAUUGUCAGAUGCUGCUGAUGCUAAUAUUAUAGCUAGAUAUAGCAGGGCUAUGUCAAAAGAUAUUGUACAAGUGAUAGGUGCUCCAGAACUGUUCACACGAGUGACCGUGGCCGACGAAUCUCUAACUUUGACCCCAGACUCGGUGUUCCCAAUGGUGUGGGCUGCAGUGCAGAAAUUACCCAAACUCCCCGACACCCACAAAAACCACGUCAGCCCGGUGGACGCAUUUAUUCACUUUGAGGUUGAAGGCUACAAGAGACUGUUGGAGAAACUGCAUUCUGACCUGAAUGUUGUACAGAGAGCCAGUAAAGGGGAGACUGUGGCUCCUCAGACACUUCAGGGGGUUAUUCUGGGUCUAAACUUGGACCAGGUUCCCAAGGCUUGGUUAUCGCUGACCUUCCCAUCAUGCAUCUGUUUGAGUCAGUGGAUAAAGGAACUUCCCACUCGUCUUAAUACUAUUUCUACCUAUGUCUCAGAGAGGCCUGGUGUGUACAAUGUCGCCAGUUUCCUCCGGCCUGAUCGCUUCUUUGAGGCUGUGAAACAUCAGUAUGCUCGUAAACAUUUCAAGGAGGUCAACUCCAUUCAACUUGAGGUUCAGGUGAUGCCAGCAGGACUCCAUCCCUCUGUUCCACCCAAAGAUGGAAUCUUCAUCACCGGCCUACGACUGUACAAUGCCCUCUGGGAUACAGCUCGAGGAAUGUUGAUGUCUGGAGCUUCCGACAAACAGAGUUUCCAGGACAUGCCCGUCAUUUGGCUCAAGCCGUACAAUAUCAGUUCUCCGUCCAGGGUUCCUGUCAAGCAUCAACAGUAUUUGUCUCCCUUGUAUUGCUCCGCGGACCACCGGUGCCACAGUCAUGCUGCCAUGGUAACAGAGCUACCACUUCCCACUCUCAUUGACCCAACCGUCUGGCACCAGAACAGGGUAUUCCUAGCCACUACUGUUUGAACCCAACCCAACUAAGUGAAUUUUGUUGUUGUUAUAGAACAUUCCGUUAUACCCAUCUUAACUGCACGAGAGAUGGUUUUAUAAUUCCUAUUAAUGUGAUAUGUAGGCUUGUUGACAAUAUACAUGACAGUUGUAUAAUAUAAUUUAUUGAUAUACUGUAAAUUUUCCCCAAUUGUGAUAUGUGUGCUUAUUAUUUAUGGAUACCAUUGAACAACAUUUUUAUUGCCUCUGUAUCUUAUUUCUGUUCAGCAUUAUGGCGCACCAACCCAUUCUCUACCAAUUUACAAAACAAUAAGUUGCACACAUCAGUAUUGAUUAUCAGUGUCUUAUGAUAUGCGAUUGCGAAGAUGACUGCACCAGAGAAUGGUGCAUUUUUUAAAAUUAUUUUUUGUGAUGUUUUAAGCAUCUGUUAGACUGUGAUAUAGAAUUUUUUGUGAUUUUAGUGUAUACCUUUUCUCUUGAUUGUUGUGCUACAUCAAAUUGUAUUGGUAAUUUUUUUGCAUUUCACGACCAAAAUGAAUAUGCAAAUUAAGUUAAUCAAGACCCUUGCUGUAAAGUGCCAAGAAAAUCCUGCUGAGAAAGUACAGUUUUAAAAUUUCUAAUGUGUGGCAUAUUGGCAGUAUUGCAUAUGGUAUAUAAUUUUCUCGGAUUGAAUGUGCCUUUUUUGCAUGGAUGAAUAUAUAUUGAACUGCUGAGUGUACAACACUUUAUUUAUUUGUUCACGUGCUAUGAAUUUGUUACAAAUAAAAAAAUAUUAAAUGAU